AUAUCGAUUAUAAUGAGAAACGGAUGAUAAAGAAACAACAUCAAGAUGGAUAUUCUACACCAUCACCAUGUAGUCCAAAAUUACAUUCAUUGCCAAUAGAUAAUCCAUUUGUAGUGGAAGAGGACGAGUACGGCACCAUAAUAAUUGAUGAUACAAGUGGUGUCAUAUUUGUGGGCGAAGUCAGUCCACCUUCAGAAAAAAAUAAUGUUUAUAAAAAUUGUAACGAUUUAAUCCGUAUUGGUAUUUUCAUGAAGGACUGUUUUGAUUCAGCCAUAGACUUGAGUACUGACAUAAAAUUGCUAGAUUUUCAAUGUGUUG